UGUUUUUGAACUUAUCAAAUUAGAUGUUGCAGAUUAAUAUGUAUUGCACUAUACUUUUAAAAUUAACUAUUGUUUUGAAUCUUUUGAUAAUCGCUUAAUUUUAAUUUAUAUACUCUCUAUUCUUAGAAGAUAAACGUUCUAAAAUAUCUAUUUGUUUCGAAAAAAUGUAUAUUUGAAUUGUAAAAUUUUCAAAGAAUUAUACUUUUUGAAAUACUAUUGGUUGGGAAUUGUGAAAAUUGGUAAAUUAAAAUAUUCAUUAUCAAAAUUUAUUAUAUUUCUUAAUAUAUCUAAUACAUAGUGCUGGGAAUAUGAAUCAUUAUCCGCAGGCCCCGUCCCAUUUGACCCGCUGCGGGGCGGGUGCGGGUCGAGUGAUUUGAAAAAUUUGGUUCGCGGGUGCGGGUGCGGGUUGAGUGAUUUUUAUGUGGGCCGGGUGCGGGUCAGCCAAAAUUCAGUGCGGGUACCCGCCAACCCGCAAAAACUAAAAAAAAAAGAUUUUUUUUUAAAAUAUUAUUUUUAAAUAGAAAAUUUUUAAAAAAUAAUUUAAUUUUUAAUUAUAAAUAGAUUAAUAUUUAUUAUUUUUAAUAAAAAAUAUUUAAAAUAUUAAAUUUUAUUGUUAUUUUUAAUAAAAAUAUUUAAAAUAUUAAAUUUUAUUGUUAUUUUAAUAAAAAAUAUUUAAAUUAAUAAUUUUUAAUAUUAUUAAUAUUAUCCGCGGGUCUAGCGGAUCACCCGCGGGUUUUAGCGGGGCGGGUGCGGAUUUCAUAUUUUCUUCUUGCGGGUCAAGCGGGUCAAAUUUUUUGAGUAAAAAAAAUCAGUUUACCCGCGGGUUGGCGGGUCAGCGGGGCGGGUUUUACCCACAUAAACAUAAUUUUUUUAGGAACAUAUAAAUAUUUUAGAAUAAUUUUUAAUUUGGAAAACAAGCAUAACACGUAAUGACGUAAAUGGGUAGGAAAACUAUAAAAAGAAAACUAUUUUGUCCUGAUCACCUUAGUACCUCUAAGAACUACCUCUAAAAACUAAGAACAUGUUUAUUACAGGUCUCUUAGGUUGAGUCUCUUAACAUAACAUAAAAUACAGUCUUUUAGCUUUUAAGGGCAACAUUAUCGGUGGUGGAGGGAGAGUUCUUAAGCAUGGACCCCACCACAUUUUCUCAAUUACUGUGCCACAAUGUCCCAAUAUAAGGAACGUUUGCACUGAGUCCUUAGCAUUGUUUGCGGACCCCACGACACAUGGCGGUCCGCUAUUGAUUUAUUUAUUUUUUUUAUUUUUUUUUAAAACCAAAAAAAAAAAAGAUUGUGAGGACCAAAAAAACAGGACCACCAAUAAUGUUGUCCUAACCAAAAAAAUUUAAGAGACGUCUCUUAAUAAGAGACCUACAAUAAAUAUGCUCUAAGAGAUCUAGCUAAUGAGAUGAUCCAAGCAGUACUUGUACAAUCACUUUGACGAACCUAAAAGAUGGAGACAACUGAGAAAACACGAUGGAAGUGGCUAACGGAUUAGCUAUAUGUCCUUGUCAAUGUUUUACAACAAGUUCACGUUUUAAAAGUUAACCUACAAUAACAUUGUUAGAAGACUAGAAUUAGAUUCCUUUCUUCGCAAUUACCUAAAAUUGUCUAACACUAAAGCUCAAUGUUUCAGAUAUUCUUAGGAAAAGUUAAAAGUAAGAAAAUCAAACAAAUACUACGGCCAGAAAGAAAAAGAAAUCUUAAACACUUCUUAGUAAAAAUGGUCAAGAAUUAUAGGUUACUUAAAUUCUUGUCUUCCUUUUCCUGUUCUUUUAAAGUUUAAACCUUCCUUCAAAAACAAGUCACCAUUCUUUAAGACAUUUAAAGCUCUGCCCUGUGUGUUCCUUUUAGAGAAAUUAUAUACGACCAGGUUUCCACAUACACAAAUAUAUAAUCUAUUUUCUUGUGGUAGAAGCAACCCAGUAAUGGAUACCGAAAAAGGCUAUCCCAGAGGUUUCAGAGCCGACAGUAUACGAUCAGAAACCGGCCGUGGUAGCUUCCGGUCAGAUAGUAUGCAGUUCGAUGAGCCACACGAGCUACCACAAGAGAAUUCGACUAAUCUCGUCCUCUUCAAGCACAUAGACAGUGGUAACUUGGACGCCACGAAAGCUUUCUUGGACCGAAACCCUGAGGCUUUAACCGCAAGCUUAACCUCUAACGGAGACAGACCGAUCCACAAAGCUGUUUUGUCUGGUCACAUCAAGAUCGUGGAAGAGAUCGUUAAACGAAUUCACGAUCCAGUGCAAGAGUUGGUGAUCAAGAACGAUGACGGUUACACGGCGCUUGCUUAUGCUGCGACAGGUGGCAUUGUCAGAAUCGCAGAGUGUUUGGUGAAGAAAUGCCCUCGUUUGGUUAGUGUUCGGAAUGCUAAAGAACAUAUACCGAUCGUGCUGGCUUCCUUAUACGGUCACAAAGAUUUGGUUCGGUAUCUUUACAGUCACACACUUCUCAGUGAUCUUGAUCCUUGUGAUGAGUUAGAUGAACACAAGGGCAAGAACGGAGCGAUGCUCGUGACAAACUGUAUUGUCGAUGGACUGUAUGGUAUUGCUUUGGAUCUGAUUCAGAGGUAUCCUCAGCUGGCUUAUACUAGAGACAGCGAUAACGAUACAGCGAUCAUUGCGCUUGCUCAAUCGCCUUGUGCGUUCCCUAGCGGUACCAAUCUUGCGUUUUGGCAACGUUGGGUAUAUUCUUGUAUUCACAUAGAGAAGAUUAAUAACCCUCAUGACGGUCUGAAUGAUUAUCACCAUCAAUACAAGAAACCACAAGAUCAUAAUUGGAUUCAAGAGAAACUGUUAAAAUACCUCAGAUUUUUUUUUCCACACAUAAGAAAAGUAUACAAACUAAAGCUAGGGCAUGCUCAAGCGAAAGAGAUACUAAACUGUAUCUGCCAAGAGAUACCUAACUUCGACGCCAGUCAACAGAAGAACGCCGGUCUCAACCAAGCUCUCUUCAAGGCGGUAGAGAAUGGUAUUGUCGAGUAUAUCGAGGAAGUGAUGAAGCAUUAUCCUGAUAUCGUAUGGUUCAAAGAUAAUUAUGGUCUUAACCUCUUUUUCUAUGCGGUAAGCCAUAGGCAAGAGAAGAUCUUUAGCCUCAUUUACAAAAUGGGCGCCAAGAAAAACAUCCUUGCUACAGCUUGGGACAAACUCCAUAAUAAUAUGCUUCAUCACGCCGCGUAUAAAGCCCCAGUUUCAAGGCUUAAUCUCAUUCCUGGUGCUGCUCUUCAGAUGCAAAGAGAACUACAGUGGUUUAAGGAAGUGGAGAGGCUAGUGCAACCGAAGCAUCGAAAAAUGGUUAACUUGAAGCAGAAGAAAACUCCACAGGCUCUCUUUAAAGACCAGCACAAGGAGCUAGUGGACCAAGGAGAGAAGUGGAUGAAAGACACAGCCACUUCUUGCACAGUCGUCGCAGCUCUUAUCACCACAAUGAUGUUCUCCUCCGCCUUUACUGUCCCCGAUAGUUACAACGGCCAGGGCAGACUCUUCAUGAUCUUCCUAAUCUCAGACGCUAUAUCUCUCUUCACCUCAUGCAUGUCUCUGCUCAUGUUCCUCGGCAUUCUUAAGUCUCGUUACCGCGAGGAGGACUUCCUUAGAUCGCUUCCGACGAAACUGAUCGUGGGUCUUGCGACUUUGUUUCUCUCGAUGACGACAAUGAUGGUGAGUUUUGUCGUGACGCUUAUGACUCUGGUUAGAGGGAAAACGCCGUGGGUUUCGGCUCAGUUUAUGGUUCUCGCGGUUGUCCCCAUUGGGAUGUUCGGUGUUCUUCAGUUUCCUGUGCUACUUGAGAUCUUCUGCUCGACUUACUUCCCUAAGGUUUUUGAUAAGCCUCGCGAGUCUCGGCGAGUGUCUAAGCUCUGCUGGAGAAAAUGAUGUUGAUAUGAAUAUUUAUCACUCUAGCCAAUGUUGUGGAACACAUGAGCCGCAGCUACUUCGUCAACGAGAUGUGAUCAGAAGUUUGCUCGACCCAGUUUUCUAUUCAGUUUGAUAAAAUUAAGUUUUUCUUCUGUGACUAAAGAAAUUUUUCAAAUAAUGGAGAAAUAAAAAGAUGAUUUUUUUCUACAAGUAGAAGUAUCAGAUGCUCUUGGAGAAUCACAGGACUAUGUUCAAAAUGAGUGUUCAUUCUAGAAAAUGGAAUACGUUCUUUCUGCUCAAGCUUCUAUGUGUGACAUGAAAUUCAUCUACUUCUUUGGUUAUUUAGUAGAGCAAUUGUCAUAUAACGAUAUGUUAUUGUGAUAUAAAAAUAUAUGCGUUCACAUCAAAAAUAUAUUACACCGUUUCGAUCAGUUUAACCAGUCGUAUGUUCAUCUGAUCAAGAUUUAUAGUUUGGUGAUAUAUGUUAGUGUCGUGUCACUGAUCGGCUCACUAAGUCGGAGAUAUAAUGGAUAUGUUGUUAAAAAGAACAGAGAAGCGGUUAUGAACAAUUUUGUGACGAUUUGAAACAUUGUUCAUCUCUAUAAUAUUAAUUGAGAAGUCAAUUUUUUAUGUGUCGAUCUCAUGUUAAUUCUCACUAUGGUUGAUUACACUGAUACCUUAAAUAAAUUAAAAAUAUUACAUUUAAAAUACUAUUAUUCAUUUAGUUUUCUUUUUAAAAUUUUCCAAAAAACAUAUACAUAUAAUAAAGAUGUAUUGUUUAUAAAGUUGAAAAACGAAUUGAAAAAAAUGUAUAUAUAAUAUGAUUUCAGAAAAAAGAAAAGUUCACAAAAUAGUAAUAUUAUAUUUAAAAAUAUUUAAAAAAUAACAUAAAAUAUACUUUUGAAGUAAUAAAAGACUUUCUUUAUAUCUAUAUUUUAUUAGAUGAAAAAUAUAAAUUUGUAUAUAAUGUGAUUUCACUAAAAACAAUUUACAAAGAUAAUCCUGAUAUUAGAAAAAUAAAUAUUGUUUCUUUUAAAAUAUAAUUUUAAACAAUAGCAAAAUAUUCAAAGUAAUAGAAAUAUAUAUAUAUAUAUAUAUCUGUUUUAUUAGAUGAUUACAUAAAAUAAUUAAGUAACAUAAAUUGAUAUAUGUUUAACUGACUAAAAAAAGUUUAUAAUUAAUAUUAUUGAAAUUUUUUAUUUAUUUUUCAUAUAUUUAGUUUACUAUAAUAUUUAUAUUUGUGGAACUUAAUAGAACCAUAAUAAAUUUACCAAAGAAAAUAUGAAUUCUCAUUUUUAAGAUUAUUUAAAAUAAAUUUCAGUUUCCAUUCAAUAAAUAAGAGUCGUAAAGCUAUUUAGAAUUUAUAAAAUAUUUUAACUAUUGUAAAUAUUCAUAUAUGUGUUCAUCAGCUUCCAAAAAUGUAUCAGAUAUUUAUGCAUGUAAUUUCCUAUAGAUCAUUGCUUUAUUUUCUAAUAUUUUUUAAAAAACAUCAACAUAUAAUUUGAUAAAUAUUAUGAAAAUACAUGCACAUUUAAACGAUAAAAAAUUGAUUUGAUUUGACUUAAUUAUAAUAAAAAAAAUUAUAGUUCAUUUUGAAUUUGAAAGAAUAUAUGUAACUCAAUAUACUCACAAAAUGAGUGAUUCGACUAAUCUUAUAUCCAAAAUUAUAGAUUUAAUUACGAUAAGAAUAUAUAAUUUUAUAAGAAUAGUAAUUUAUUUUAUAAAUAUAAAUCAUAGGAUUACUCAAAACAUAUUAAAAUGAAAAUAAAAUAUUAACUAACUAUUGCAAUUUAUUUCUUUU